AUGGUCACUAUGGAGUUAAGUAAAGUCACAAGUAAAACCUCUAGCAUAAAAGCUUUAUUAUUGAAAGCUUGGAGGGAAAGAUGGACAGAUUUACAAUGGGGAAUUCAUAUCAAAAUGAUUUUACCCAGAGGAGUAUCUGGAGAUGUGUACAAUUUGGCAGAUUGUAUUUUGCAACAAGCUUUAAUAGGUCCAGGUCCGAAUCAUUUAGUUUUAUCUUAUCUAAAACAUUCUCUAAGCAGUCAAUUAAUUUCUUAUGCUGCUUUACUUCAACAUAUUUCAAAGUACAAUAAUUUUCAUAAGCCACAUUGUAUUGUCAGUUUAUUAGAACUCUUAGAAACAAGUCAGGUGGGAAUGACAUGUCGAGGGAAAACUGAAGAAGGAAUUUUGGCAACAUCUAUUGCAUCGACAAUUUUAUGGUUGCUACAAUGUUAUAUUUAUCAUUUAAAUAAAACAUUAAAUGGAAGCCAACCUUUAUUUGAAGAAAUUGUUGGAAAAUGUGUCACUCUUCUUACUAAUAUGUUGUCAAGUGAUUUUACAAUGGCAAUGCUUUAUCUAGCCAAAUAUGAGGAUACUGAAUUUCACUCUGAAGUAUUGAAAAAAUGUAAAGAAAUUGAACAAUUUUAUUCUCAAAAUCCUACCUUAAGGUCUCCUUCAGCAAUUGAUACAUGUUUACAAAAACUUCAUAAUAUAGAGCUCAACAUAAAAACGGAAUGUGAACCAGUUACUUAUUGUUUGCAACCUUUACUAGCAGUAGAAAUUAUGCUGGCUCCUGGUUGUGAAACAAAUUAUUUAGUUAGUAAAUUAAUAAUGCUUCAAAAUAACCCCAGAUUAUACUGUGAUAUAAUGAGAGCAUGUUUGAUUAAUUUGAACAGUGUAUUAGGAACGUCAGAAGAGUCACUUUGGGGUGCAUUUACCAUUUUAAAACUUCCAAAUAUUUUUAAACAGCUUCACUGUACACUUAGGGAUGAUGCAACACAAAGUUAUGAAUAUUCUCAGGAUAUAGUAGAUUCAUUUGAUUUGUUACUUCAGCUUACCCCUUUAUUAGAUAUAAUGGACAGUAAAUGUAAUUGUAAUUUUGUCGAAUGUAUUUUAAACGAACUGUUAAAAGUAAAUUUAAUUAGUAGUAAACAUGUAACUUAUAUUAACGAAAAAAGAGAAUCUAUGACAAGUUGGAUUCAAAAAAUUCAAGACUGCAAUAUUUCACAGCAGCCUUUGCCAAAGGUUAUAAUCAGAGCCGAACCCACCCUGGCGAGGUUGUUGAGAACGCUUGAUGCGGAUAAUAUUAAAAUGGUAAGAGUACAAACGGUGCUUUGUCCGAUUCUGGGAAAAAGUUUCGAUUUGAUUACUGCGGUUGCAGCAGUAGAUGGAAAACUAAGAACGUUUGUAACUAAAUUAAUUAAAUUUAAUGAAACUUACAAGUACGGUCAUGGGGAAGGACCCAAACAAUCUCAAACUAGGGCUCUUCUUUUCGACGUCAGCUUUUUAAUGUUGUGCUCCAUUGUUAACAUUUACGGAUCUCAGGUUGUUUUAUCCGAAGAAGGCGGUGACAGUUUUUUCGAGUUGUGGGUGAGGGAAUCAAUGGUGGAAAAAGGAAAUCCGAAAUCUCCCGAAUCCAUUCUUGCAUUAACCGACAAUUCGAAAGUCGAUGCACUUUUGGCGCAGUUUAAUUCAAACGAAGAUUUCAAAACCAGUCAAGUUAAGUGGAAUGAAAUUUGCCUUAACGUACCGGCAGCUAUUAAAGAAGUACUUUUGGCCUGGGAACAAGGGACUUUAUCUGCCAACGACGUGAAACGAAUUUUAGAUUCGAUGAGGUCGAAAUGGUGUUGCUUACCCAUAUGUGCCACGGCUUGGCUUUGCAGUUACAUGCAGAUACUACACCAAGAUGCUUUAUUAAAACCGAUGAACAUGGUUCAACAAUUUUUAGCACCUCCCUGCAUCGAAGAUCCAAACGAAACGUUUAAAAGCGAAAGAUUCGCAUUAAUGAGCAUGAUAAUCAGGCGUAUGCAAUAUAACAUCCAUCCGUCGACUACGAGUAAAAUAUCACUUCAACACGGAAUUAUAUCCAACACGCCGAUUAGUAUGCAAUUGGAAAAAGUUUGGAGUAAAAUACACAAGCAAGGUUGGGUGAGCAUCGAAGCAACUCAUCAGUUUCAAAGCAUGUUAAACACCGGAGGACCUCCAUGGUUCGUCACAAACGUUCUUAAGGAAAUCACACAGUAUAAGUACCAAGAAGAUCUUAACAGAGCCGUCGAUUUGGCUUUUGCAUUAUUUCACCUCGACAUAAUGAAUUGUACAUUAUCCCUUUUGACGGAAGUUCUCCCUCAAUAUUUACAUAACAAACUUCAGUAA